GAGGAGGAGGAGGGAGGGGGGUAAGAGUUGAGAGUUCAGCCGCUGCUGUCGCUGCUAGCUCGGACUCAUGAUUCCCAUAUGCCCGGUAGUUUCGUUCACCUAUGUGCCCAGCCGGCUGGGAGAAGAUGCCAAAAUGGCCACCGGCAACUACUUUGGAUUCACCCAUAGUGGGGCUGCUGCCCAGUAUAGCCAGCAGCCAGCUUCUGGCGUAGCUUAUUCCCAUCCAACUACAGUUGCUAGCUACACUGUCCACCAAGCACCAGUUGCUGCGCACACAGUUACUGCAGCCUAUGCUCCUGCAGCCGCUACAGUCGCAGUAGCGAGGCCUGCUCCGGUAGCUGUUGCAGCUGCUGCAACAGCUGCUGCUUAUGGAGGCUAUCCUACAGCACACACAGCUACAGAUUAUGGUUAUACACAGAGGCAGCAAGAAGCUCCACCACCACCACCACCUGUCACUACACAGAACUACCAGGAUUCCUAUUCUUAUGUUCGAUCUACUGCCCCAGCUGUAGCUUAUGACAGCAAACAAUAUUAUCAACAGCCAACAGCAACUGCAGCAGCUGUGGCUGCUGCUGCCCAGCCUCAGCCUUCAGUAGCUGAAUCGUACUACCAGACAGCUCCAAAAGCAGGGUAUAGCCAAGGCGCCACUCAGUAUACCCAAGCCCAGCAAACACGACAAGUGACAGCAAUAAAACCUGCAACACCUAGUCCAGCAACAACGACAUUUUCUAUAUACCCAGUAUCCUCUACUGUGCAGCCAGUAGCAGCUGCAGCUACUGUUGUUCCAUCCUAUACUCAGAGUGCAACAUACAGCACAACAGCAGUUACUUACUCUGGUACCUCUUACUCUGGCUAUGAAGCCGCAGUGUAUUCAGCUGCAUCGUCCUAUUACCAGCAGCAGCAGCAGCAACAGAAACAGGCAGCGGCAGCAGCUGCUGCUGCUGCUGCAACAGCUGCUUGGACAGGGACCACCUUUACUAAAAAGGCACCAUUCCAAAAUAAGCAACUGAAACCAAAACAACCUCCCAAACCACCCCAGAUCCACUACUGUGAUGUUUGUAAGAUCAGCUGUGCUGGACCACAGACUUAUAAAGAACACUUAGAAGGCCAGAAACACAAAAAGAAAGAAGCAGCAUUAAAAGCUUCCCAGAACACCAAUAACAGCAGCACUUCAGCUCGUGGAACUCAGAAUCAGUUACGCUGUGAGCUUUGUGAUGUGUCUUGUACAGGGGCAGAUGCUUAUGCUGCCCAUAUCCGUGGCGCCAAGCAUCAGAAAGUGGUAAAGCUGCACACAAAACUUGGCAAACCCAUUCCUUCAACCGAACCAAAUGUGGUUACCCAAGCAACUUCCUCAACAUCCACAUCUGCUUCCAAACCAACUGCCUCUGCUUCAAAUAUAGCAACAAGCAGCAGUACUGUGAACUCCUCUGUUACAUCCUCUGCGGUGAAAAUUCUUACUCCCACAUCAAACACACCACUUAACACUGCGUCCAACAACAAAACAUCUUCAGCUGCUGCUAAUAUAGCUGUUAAGAAAAUAUCUACACCGAAAAUAAACUUUGUUGGCAAGUACAGAAGUGGGAAUAAGCUUCAGACAACAGGAAGUAAACUGGAAGAAAUGAAAUCGGCCGAAAGUGUUAAAACAACUCCUACUGCUACAGUACCAACACAGGAAGUAAAAUCAGACACGGCAGCUGAGCCAGUGACUCCUACAGCUCUUGCUGCCUUGCAAAGUGAUGUCCAGCCUGUUGGCCAUGACUAUGUGGAGGAGGUAAGAAAUGAUGAAGGAAAGGUGAUCCGCUUUCACUGUAAACUCUGUGAAUGCAGUUUUAAUGAUCCUAAUGCCAAGGAGAUGCACUUAAAAGGCAGACGGCACAGGCUUCAGUACAAGAAAAAAGUAAACCCAGACUUACAAGUGGAGGUAAAGCCCAGUAUUCGGGCCAGAAAAAUUCAAGAAGAAAAGAUGAGGAAGCAGAUGCAGAAGGAAGAAUACUGGAGAAGACGAGAAGAGGAAGAACGCUGGAGAAUGGAAAUGAGGCGAUAUGAAGAGGACAUGUAUUGGAGGCGGAUGGAGGAAGAGCAACAUCACUGGGAUGAUCGUCGCAGAAUGCCAGAUGGAGGAUAUCCUCAUGGUCCUCCAGGACCUCUGGGCUUGCUGGGAGUUAGACCAGGAAUGCCUCCUCAGCCCCAAGGACCAGCUCCUCUACGCCGCCCUGACUCUUCUGAUGACCGCUAUGUCAUGACCAAACAUGCCGCUAUAUAUCCAACAGAGGAGGAACUUCAGGCAGUCCAAAAAAUUGUUUCUAUAACAGAGCGUGCUUUGAAACUUGUUUCUGACAACAUGACUGAUCAUGAAAAAAGCAAGAGCAAAGAAGGAGAUGACAAAAAAGAUGGAAGUAAAGACAGAGCAUUGAAAGGAGUUUUGCGGGUCGGCGUUUUGGCUAAAGGUUUGCUGCUCCGUGGAGACCGAAAUGUCAAUCUUGUUUUGUUAUGUGCUGAGAAGCCUUCUAAAACAUUACUCAGUCGUAUUGCUGAAAGUCUUCCCAAACAACUUGCAGUAAUAAGUCCUGAGAAAUAUGAUAUCAAAUGUGCAGUCCCAGAAGCAGCAAUAAUUUUAAAUUCUUGUGUGGAACCCAAAAUGCAAGUUACUAUCACACUGACAUCUCCAGUCAUUCGAGAGGAGAACAUGAGGGAUGGAGAUGUAACCUCGGGUAUGGUGAAAGACCCACCGGACGUCUUGGACAGGCAAAAAUGCCUUGACGCUCUGGCUGCUCUACGCCACGCUAAGUGGUUCCAGGCUAGAGCAAAUGGUCUGCAGUCCUGUGUGAUUAUCAUACGUAUUCUUCGAGACCUCUGUCAGCGAGUUCCAACAUGGUCUGAUUUUCCAAGCUGGGCAAUGGAGUUGCUUGUGGAGAAAGCGAUUAGCAGUGCUACUGGACCACAGAGUCCUGGGGAUGCACUGAGAAGAGUUUUUGAGUGUAUAUCUUCAGGGAUCAUCCUUAAAGGUGGUCCUGGCCUUCUGGACCCUUGUGAAAAAGAUCCUUUUGAUACACUUGCUGUAAUGACAGAUCAGCAACGAGAAGAUAUUACUUCAAGUGCACAGUUUGCACUGAGACUCCUUGCAUUCCGUCAAAUACACAAAGUUUUGGGGAUGGAUCCAUUACCACAGAUGAAUCAGCGCUUCAACAUCCACAAUAACCGUAAAAGGAGAAGAGACAGUGAUGGGGUUGAUGGAUUUGAAGCAGAGGGGAAAAAAGACAAAAAAGAUUAUGAUAACUUUUAAAAAUGGUGUCAUCAGUGCUAAGUUCAAAGGUGAUAAAAAGUCCAUUUGUUGCCUUGCUUUUGCUUCAUUCACAAUAAUGUCUGCUUAAA